UUUGAAUAAGAAAUAAGGCAAAAAAUUGUUAUGCUUGUCAACAGUUACUAGGGAAAACUUGAAAUGAUUUUAAGCGAUUUUUCAAAUCUUUUUGUUUAAAUAUAAGCUGCUAUGACCAAUUUGCAUGUUUUUACAGACUAAACGGUUAUGUAGAUUGUGAUAAAUAUUAUAAUGGACAGUGAAAUGAGAAGAGGAAGUGAUGGCCGUGAUGCCUUGUCGAUAGACGGGAACUCUCUGUACAUGCUAACUGUUGCUGUCAUGGAAGAAAUGCUUGAUAAGUUAAAACUGCUUGAUUAUGAGAACGGUUUUUGUCGGAACAUGGGUUUUCGGUUUCUCUCGCGUCAUUAUUUUGCUCUCGGGACUAAUUCUGGUGAAAAAUUCCACACCUUUACCUCACUUGCUACAUGGCUUUUAAACCUUUGUAACCGAAACUUAGAUUAUCCCCAAGAGUUUGAUGAUCCAAAUGCGACAGUAUCAAGCAUAAUAGACGAGUGUAAACAAAUGGGUAUAGACACAGAUUUUCCUCCUUCAAAAUUAAAGAGUGGAUCGGGGGAACAGGUAUGCUAUCUUCUUGAUCGCUUGGUGGAUGAAGCCUUGAAGAUAAAGCAGUUCACUUGGAAAAGACCAAUUAUUCCUGAAGAUGAAGUCGAAGAAGAAGCAAUUGGAGAUGAUGAUGCUGAAGUUACGGUCAACAAAGUGGAAGAAGAAAUGUUUGAGGAGGAAGAGGCAGAAGACGAUGAAGUUUACAUGGAUUUAGAGGCCCUUAAAAACCAAACAACCCGUCAAGAAGACAGUAGAAAGCCUGAUUCCGUGUUGGAGUCAACUGUGGAUGCUGCAGAGUGGAAACUAGAAGUGGAGAGAGUGUUGCCAAUGUUGAAGGUUCAUAUUCGCGGUGAUAUUAAGGAUUGGCGGAAUCAUCAUGAACAAAUGCAGCAGCACAGCGAAGGAAUAAAAACAACCUUAUCUGAAACUAAAGGAUAUUUGGAUAAGUUGCAGUCUGAGAUAUCUAAAACUCUUGAGAAAAUCAGUAGCAGAGAAAAAUAUGUGAAUAAUCAGCUUGAUCAACUAUUGAGUGAAUAUCGUGGAUUGCAAGAUGAUUUGGCACAGACAAAGGAAAGAUAUCGUCAAGGAAGUGGAGGUGUGACACAGCUAACAAAGUCAUUGGCACAGAUCACUGAAGAACUGGAAUCGGUGAAAGCACAAAUGGAUGAAAGAGGAACUAACAUGACUGACUCAGGGCCUUUAAUUCGAAUAAAACAAGCACUUACUCGCCUUAAGUUGGAUGUAUCUCAAAUGGAACUACGAACAGGGGUGGUAGAACAAUCCUUGACCAACGCAUCUCUCCGAGACAAAAGUGCUCUUCAGGAAAACAUGCAAGCGACGAAUAAUAACUCUCAUUUUGACCAUUAUAAAACAUUUUAGGUAAAAUGUUUAUGUUAAAUAAGUUUGAGAUUUCUCUCUGCAUUAAAGUUGAAUCUAGCUACAUUAAUUAUUUGUAAAUACUUUUAUUUUACUUCUAAUAAAACUUGUGACAGAAAGAGAAAA